UGGUUUCAGUAAAUGAACGAAAGACUUUAGCUUGUUCGCUGCUGAUGAAUUACGUUCGCAUGCAUCCGAUUUUAGCUUACAAAUGAAAUUAUGGAUGGAUCUAAUGUCCAGUUUACAAGGAUAAUGAACUUUCUGCUAGAUAAAUCUGAACAUCAAGAAAUGCCACAUCAACAGCUAAACUCACAGGCAAAUUUACCUCGGAGGCAAGCUGCUGCUGUUAUGGAAAACCAGCCGAUGUGGCGUUGUCAAAGGGAUGGUAUUUUGCGCCAAAGUUCUGUCAAUAAUUCUCAAACAGUUUGCAUGACGCAAGGUUAUAAUAUUACGGAAUGCUUGAAUGGAGUUGAACAUUCACAGAUUGACGUCUCAAAUAGUCUUUUGUGCGAACCAGGACAUCUGAGUAAUGCAAGGUGCGUUGUACCCCAAACAUCGUCAGAGGGCAGGGCACCGCACUCACCAGGUGAAGAAGGCUCCAGGCGAAAACGAAAGUUACCAAAUUACAAACGAAAUGCAGCUUGGUGUAACAAACAAGCGAACCCCAAUCUAGAAACAGGAGCUGCUAAUCAAGUUGAACACGAUGAACCUCCAAGAGUAAAAAGGAAUCGAGGACCCAAACCAAAGAUAAUGUAUGAUGGCAAUGGUCCAAUGCAGCUUUGGCAGUUUAUUCUUUCGCUGCUUGUUUCUUCACCUUCUGAACGUGUAGUGGAAUGGACCAGAGAACGAAAGUACGAAUUUCGAAUCUUGGAGCCGGAUAAACUAGCGAAGCUGUGGGGUACGCUUAAGAAAAAACCUGCCAUGACUUUCCUAAAGCUUUCCCGUGGUCUUCGAUAUUAUUAUGGGAAGUCGGUGUUGGAGAAAGUGCGUGGAAAACAUUACACGUACGAAUUCGUCAUGGACAUUGCCACAAUCCUGGGCUACGAUCCAGUGCGCGAGAAUGCAGAGGGUGCGGCUAGCAGUGCAAACCCCCCUAACGCGGUAUUUCCACCAUCUGAAGUUCUUCCAUCAGACGAGUUACAGGUGCUGGAUUCUGCACGACAGUGGAAGGGGUGUAGCGGAAAUGGGGAGGGGUUGUUGAGUAGAGGAGCGGGGUUGUCGGGGAUAAAAUUGUUCGAUUUCAGCGUGCUUGUUGAAUCGAACGAAACGAGUAGCUUCUAUGAAGCAUUAUAAGUUCGUCUUGUAUCAAGCGUGUCAAAAAGUUUCCUAAAGCCAGAAGAGACUUAUUAAGGGCUGUACGUCAAACCUGAAGUAGCAAUUACCAACUUAAUCUAAAAUUAACCCAUGAUCACCGACAUCGAACGGACCGCAUUAUCUUCCCAAUCAGAGAUUUCAAACUUUUUCACAAAUUGAGCAGCCAUAAAAUUCUAAACGCACUCUUUCAGACAUGUACAGUGGUGUUGAAGAGUUCUUUCACUAAAUGAGACUAGAAAACAAUAAGUGAAUUCGAAGAGUUGUUUGCAUAGUUUUCUAAAUACUUUCAUUGAUAGAUAUUUCUGUCUCAUUGCAAUUAGUGAUUCGAAUUAGUUUCUUCCGCGUACAGUCAUUGGGAAGUCUCUCUAUGUUAUUUCACAUGUACCAUGUGUAACUACGUGUAGUUAAAAGUUUUAACUUUUAACAUUUAAAAAUGAAACAGAAUUCAUAUAACAUCAGAUAAGACAAACGGGUGAGAGAUUUACCUGCUUUCUAUGUGCUUGGGAAUUUUGUUGCAUUUGGCACUUCAUGUUAUUAUUUUCAAUAUGUUAUUGAAAGCAGCGACAAGACUUAUGACUUUUUGCACUCUGUCGAGGUUGCUUUAAAGAAGUCUUUUCUAAGAAAAUUCAAUAACAGUUGUACCUGCCCAUGUAUACUUCGUAUACGAGUCCGCGGUUCGAUACUUGAAUCAGUUGUAACUUUUUUUAUACCUUUACUUACGUUUAGAUUUGGUAUCCAGAUCCUACACGUGUUGUAAUAUAUGUUAAAUCCAUUAAAUACUUCGUCCAUUAAAUAUUGUACAUCCAUUAAAUAUUACUUAUUAAUUUACAACAACAUUACAAAAGAUAGAAAUAAACAAUAGAGAAUAACUGCAGGUAAUCUAAAAUAAAGUAACAGUGUAAUGUGCACAUGCAUAAGCGACUAGAUUACUAUUAUUAACAAACUAUGUUAAUUUAGAAAACUCCUGUAUCAGUUGGGAGACUUCAAUAUAGCCAUCUUCACAUUACAACACAGAUAGAUUGGGCGUGACGCCGUGCGUCUGUUCAGUAAUAGAUCAGUAAGGAUAAAUUUUUAUAGUUUUCUGAUCACUAAUUGUUGUUGCGAUUUGUCUAUGUUAGUCUUCUAUGAAUUUUGCAUUUUAUCUCGGGCAGUUUAUUUAAAAUAAGGAAUCUAGAAUUCUCUAUAAACUGGCCUAAUUGCUCAGAUAUCUCCUUUUUAUACUUGUAAAUAUAUUUAAUUCUUUGUUUUUGUUUUUGUUUUGAUCAUCUGUGCAAUUGAAUUUGAGUAAAUAAAUAAAUAAAUAAAUAAAUAAAUAAAUAAGACGUUAAAAAUGAAAUGAUACUCCACGGUCUACCACUCGAAUGCGUAGCACAUCUGGUAUUCUAGCUCUUUUAAACCGCAUGCAACAACUUGAUAGCGCACGUACAGUGCUGUCCUCGCUUGCAAUUGGGCGUAUAUUUCUUCUAUUAAUCUUACAAUUUUCUCCGGAAGCAGCCAUCGGCGAACUUGUGACCUCUACGAUUCUUAUGUUAAUAUUUAAUUAGCAAAAUUCAUUUUAUCUUGCUUUGAUCUACGGAAUAUUCUUCUUUCAAAUCAAACCAGUGUAACUUGAUCACUAUAUUAUAACCUUAUUGUAUGUUCACUAUAAUCAUAAUUGCCUUCGUUUUAGUUUAUAAAAGCUUUUGCAACACUAUGUAUUUAUGAUCAUGCAAAUAAAGCUAGUUGUUGUUAUCCAGCACUAAAAAUCCAAAUCUUCUUCGUCGGUUAAAGUUCAUAGUGUCUUCUUUGUGCAAGAACAACUGCCCUGCUUAUAAAACUAGCAAUGUUUACGUCACCUGUAUGUGUACAUUAUAAUUGAGGGAAUACCAUUGUAAUCCAACAGUUAUUUAUCCGCUAGAGAGAGUUUUCCCCAAUUGAAAAAUUGGGCCCUGCAUGAUCUCAGCUCUGAUUCUCUCUCCACCGCAGAGGCUUUUUUUGGAGGGGGGUUUCGUGCAG